AAACAAAAAUGCGCAGCUAUCACCGCGCUGUGUUGGUUCAAGCGCUGGGCAUCCUCACUGUGCAUUUGCAUCCAUAUUAAUAUUCAUACUAGACUUCCAGAGAGCAGACCGGCGGUUGUUUGUUUUUUCAAGGAAAAAAAAAAGCACCAGAGGUGGAUCUGAAUGCAACGAGGCUGUUGUUAUCUUUGCUGUUAUCGGCAGACUGCUGAAAUAGGCUGAAAUGAAAUUUCCUCCGGUUGAUAUUAAGCAAAGCGUUCGGCAGCGGACUUCGAAUGAGGGAAUGGUUUAGAAAAGCCUCCUCCAACAAGUCGCCUUUGCUAAAACACAAAGCAGAGACGUUACAUGUGGAGGUAUUAAAGGCUGUGGGACAGUUACUGUGAGGUAAUGGCGGAUAAACAAUUUAGUAUGAAAUAAUCUCCACAUAAACCCGUCUCUGAGUACUGUCAAUGCCAAGUAGGGUAAGUCCCUGCAUGAAUAUUUAUACAGUUGGUAUCUGUAUCAUCUGACUGUCAUCUAAGUGGAAGACACAAAAAAAUAUCCUUACUGUGCAAAAAAAUAAUAAAAAAAAAAAAUAGAAAACAGUGACCUAUUCAGACUAACCUUUUCUUAAAAAGAGAAACAUUUAGUGAUAACAUGUUGCUUUUACGUCUUUAUUUACACAGGCUACUACAGGGGUCACGUGACCAGCUGGCCAACGCAGCGAGGGGCUGACACGCCCCCUAAGGUCUGUGGGAGAUUAGACAGGUGUGAGUGAAUCGCGGCGUUUUAAUAACCCAGACAGAGAUUAGUUGCUCUGCCUCCUGAGAAGCGCUUCCCUCUAAUCGAUUUAAUCUUUGGACUCUCACUGCCAGCAGCUGCAGCGGCCGUAGCGCCGUGCAGAGGUCAACGUAUGUCUGUGAAUCCAAAGUCUACAUGUAAAUAUUUCAUCGACUCCUUCCACUUCUCUUAUCUCUCUUUUUAUGUUACCAGAUUUACAGGAGAGCUCGAUCGGGCCGCGGGUUCAACCUCUGUGUGUUACUGUCCCAGUUUUUAGCAGUGGAGCGGCUCCUCGGCUGUUUUGCCACCAACAGUCCGUCCACGCGGGUGUUUUCUAUCAAGCUGCCUAAUUCUGCUGCUGUGGGCGUGGGUAAACUUCACUUAAUUGACAUCUCCCACAGCCUAUGCUGACUUAUUUCCCUCCUGGUUCCCCCAAGGCAAGACUGUGAUAUUUUUUUCACCAUGACGUCAUUCCAGUCAUCGCCCCGCCCACCUGACACGAGGACCAAUUAGCCAGGCUAACUGAAGACACCUGUGUGUCUUCGCUUCAUUAAUGGUAAUUUAACCAUAAUGGUCAUUUAAUCAGUGUUUAUGUGAGCAUGACGUAUAACGCUUGAAAUGAACAGCAGAGUGUGUUUUAUGUACAUGCUCCCACUGUUUUGUUGUUAACAGUGACUCAGUUGGACCUGCAAUGUUUGUAGCCACUAAAAUGAACAAAAGAGACACGACACACAACAAAGAUGUGAUUAGGACUGAUGUAGCAGUGCGUGUAAAUGCUACUGUACAAAGAGCCAACAUAAUGAGUAUACAACUAUGAAACGUUAUCAUGUUUAUCUGUGGCACUGCUUGUGUCAGAGUAUUGGGGGGAGUGGAUCUGUUAUCAGCAGCUUUACAUGACCAGAUCAAAGUACACACUGCAUAUUGAGAUUUUCCUGAACUGGAUACACUGCAUCCAUUCAAAUUCACUGUGGAAUACAGUCCGCUAAAAGGUUGCAGGGAUGCCUAAGGAGAAGUCUCAGUGGAAGGAGUUUCUAGAGGCAGUAAGUGUUCUGCAGUGGGUGCUGAGCUUCAUCUUCCUCGGCCUGGCGUGUUAUAUCUUAAUGGUGUGUUUAAUGUUCACCUCGCUGUGGCCGCUCUGCACUCUGUACUUCAUGUGGCUGGUGAUCGACUGGCAAACGCCUGAAACAGGGAGCCGGAGAACAGUGUUUGUGAGGAAGUGGAGGGUAUGGGAGCAUUUCAGAGACUUUUUCCCAGUCAAACUGGUGAAGACAGCUGAGCUGAGCCCAAACAAAAACUACAUCUUGGGCUCUCAUCCACAUGGCAUCAUGUGCGUUGGAGCCUUUUCCUGCUUCAGCACGGAGGGGGGCGGCUUUGCCGAGACAUUCCCCGGGGUGCGACCCACGCUUGCGAUCCUGGCUGGACUCUUCAGGAUCCCGCUCUUCAGGGAGUACAUCAUGAGUGCAGGCCUUUGCCCUGUCAGCAAACCAAGUCUUGCCCGUCUCCUUUCUAAAAAUGGCCAAGGAAACGCAGUGGUGAUCGUGAUAGGGGGUGCUGCCGAGUCUCUGGCAUCCGCUCCUGGAGUUAACACGGUAGUUGUGAAGGACAGAAAAGGAUUUGUCAGAGUGGCCCUGGAGUUUGGGGCUGAUCUGGUGCCGGUUUACUCUUUCGGGGAGAAUGAACUGUUUAAGCAGGUGAUUUUCUCUGAGGGAAGUCUGGGUCGCAGGUUGCAGGACCUGUUUAAAAAGAUUAUGGGUUUUGCCCCAUGUCUAUUCGCCGGCGAGCACUUUUUACUCCUGCCCUACAGAAGUCCAGUAACAACCGUUGUGGGACGUCCCAUCUCGGUGCCAAAGCGCAUGGCGCCCACCGAGGAAGAGGUCGACCACUAUCACGGACUUUACAUGGAGGCGCUGUCCAAGUUAUUCCACGAAUACAAGGUCAAAUGUGGACUUUCUGAAAGUCACAAGCUUCAGAUCAUCUAGAUAUUUCACUUCAUCAUGAACUUUGUCUUCUCCUGCUUUUGAAUGGGCUUUGCCAGAAUGAUGUGAAACGAUGGACUGGCAACAACAGAUCUGAUGUCACAGGUUUCUGUGUCCUCUUUACUUCACUUGUGCCUAUAUUUGAAAAUAUUGUGAAUGUGUGCUGCAAAUAAUUAGCAUGCAACUCAAUUCUCUGAACAGUAAAUGUUGAUAAUGUAUUGGUUUGCUAUAUUUAAUGUGAUAUUUGUGAUAAAAGUCAGCAUGCUUCAAUAAUAACUUGCUGCUUAUUUCAAAAUGUGUUCACAUUCAUUCUUUUGGCUUUUAAUUCUACCCAGAUGUUUAUACAUGUAUGAUUCUGAAGCAGAGUAUAUGCAGUAACCCAUGUAUGCAAUUCAACCAUUCACCCAGUAGAGGGAAACAAUUCCUCACACCAUCUUUUAUUCUUAACGGGAGGAGCUUGCUUUUGACACUACAAUUAUAAUAAACAAGACAACAUGU